AGGGCAAAAGAUAGAACCAAAUUCUUGUGCUCCUACGUCCACUUCCAUUUCCAUUUUUGCAAAAAAUCGUAAGAAAAGGAUGUGGUCAUUCAGAGUCGCCGUCGACGAUAUGAAGGUUCUGAUAGAUUCGUUGAUAACAUUGGGAUUGGUGGAUGUAAUGGCGGAUGCAAUAUUUUCACCGGACAUGUUUUGCAUAUUGGCGGAUUCAGAUGUUUCCCUUCAAAGCGCCUUCGGACUUCAACUCUGGCCUCCAUUCUUCGACAGUUUCUACUCCGACAACCUUCGUCAAAUAUUCUGGUUCCGCCUUACUCAUCUUUUCCCUCUCGCCGUAGAAUUGCUAGAAUCUGGUUACACUUCUCUAACCUUCUCUAUCGAACGCUUCCGUCACAAUUACGCCCAAUUCAAAUUCGAAGGACCAAACGGGCUUCUUCGCGAGGUUAAUUUCCGAUUGACUCCGAUCGUCCGUCCCUUGAGGAUAGGCCAAAUCGAUCUAUCCGCUUUUGUUACCAUGGAUUCUCAAGAAUUCUCGUACAUCAUCUCUCAAUAUAAUAUGUUUGAUUACGUUGAAGUUAUUAUAACGAGCAGACGGGUGUCAUUCUCUUCUUCAACUAUACAGGAGACGACAAUUAGUGCAGAGGAUGGGCGAUGCAUAGUUGGGGGUGUUAGAGCACCGGUUCAAGUUCAGUUCAUAAUUACUAUGAGUCAACCAAAUGCAUUCUUUCAUUUUGCAAGUCAAUCGAAGAGAAUAUGGCUGUUUAAGGAAGUUAAUUCUACCAAAGGAAUAAUUACUGCCCCUCUUGGAUUGUAUGGUCGACUUGUCUCUUUCUUUUGUGAUGACUCUACACUACCUAUGUAAUUGAAUUACAUAUAAUUCAAUAUUAUAUGUCUCUCUAUCUUCUUUUUUGUACAAAAAAUAAUCACAUUUGUUCCAGAGGUUGUACAUAAUCUUGAUGAUUGAAUCACAUAUAAUUCAAUACUGUAUGUUUCUCUCUUUUCC